UGCCACAACUGCUGAUUUGGGUGCAGCCCUGGCCAAAGGGCUCCCAACAGCAUUGGUGCCCUUGCCCACACCUUCCUUCUCGGUGUCACCCCCCCUGUUUAGGAUGGCCACCAGCCAGCACUUCUCCCAAGGAGGCCGUGCCAGCUUGUGUGGAAGGCCCCGUGCCCUUCCCGCUGCGACUGAGUCGGCGGCCGAGGGGGCUCCUUGUGCUGCCGUGAGCAGGCACAGGAGGGGAGUGUUUGCUCAUUUCUUGAGCCGUUCCUACAGUUCAGGUCCAGCCAGAUUAGAUACUUCAGAGAGCGGAUUCCCUCCAAGGUGGGGCAGGUUGGCGGGGCUGGGGGAGGCCCCAGGCCACGUGGCACUGUGUCCCAGGGCCCUUUGUGACACGCUGGGCACGGCCGGUGGGAUGGAAGGGGGCAGGGUGUCCAAGGGCCCUUUAUGACCCGCGGUGACAGAGGUGCUGCUGGUGACACGGCCACAGUGUCAACAGUGCUCCUCGGAGCAGGCGACGGGACAGGACGGGACAGAGCGGUGCUGUGCGGAGCCCCCGCGCAGCCAACUCGUGCCUUGCUGACCCGGAGCGUUUUGGAGGAUUUUCUCUCUUUCAGGUGACCUCGAGGCAUUUCCACAGGAUUUGGAGACCCGGAGUUUCUCCGAGGUGUCUCUAAUCCCUGUGGCAGGUGCCCUUGAGACCCUUUUGCAGGACUUGGAGACCCGGAGUUUCUCCGAGGUGUCUCUAAGCCCUGUGGCAGGUGCUCUCAAGACCCUUUUGCAGGACUUGGAGACCCGGAGCUUCUCCGAGGUGUCUCCAAUCCCUGCGGCAGGUGGCCUCAAGGCCAUUCUGCAGGACUUAGGGCCCGGAGUUUCUCCGAGGUUCUCUUUCUCUCUUGCAGGUGCCCUGGACACCAGACUGUGGCAUGGCAGGGAGACGCUUCAGCCUGCUCAGGCUGUUCCGGAGGAAGAAGGAGGAGGAAAGCCCUGGGGCUGCUCCAGCACAGCAGCCUGAAGAGGUGCAGCAGGUGCAGCCCCCGCAGGAGGAUGCAGGCCAGGAGCGGACAGAAGAGCAGCUCCAUGCCCGUGGCCGCUUCCGCAGGGCAGCACAGCUGGUUUGCAGAUUCAUCAGGUGCAUUUGGCAUGAAGAGGCCACUUUCAUGGCCACUGGGGACACGGCAAACUGGGACCUCUUCAAUGCCCAGACCAGCGCUGCCCUGCUGGAUUUGCUUGUGGAGAACGGUGUCUACAAAGCAAAGCAAGUGCCAGCCAUAGUCAGGUGCAUCCAUCAGUGGCUCAUGUCCAAUGUGUCUGAUGAGCACAGGCUGGACAAGACUCUGGUCCUGCUGACCAAGGCACACCCCACGGAUGUCGCAGUGACCCUGCUGCGCUCUGCCCCAGCCUGUGACAGGUUUGCAGUGCAGACUGUUAAAGCCCUGCUGCGCCAGCUGCUGGAUGAGGACGUGUUGAUGGCGAUCGGUCGCAAGAGUGGCUGGGACAUGCUCCUCAAGGCUGACAGCCACCACUAUGCAGUGGGUCUGCUGGCCAGGCCACCCCUCACAGUGCCCGUGCUGCUGGGCCAGAGGGCCUUGGCAGCCAGGGAUGGCUGA